UCGAACUUUAUCCCUUCCUCUACAUUUGAAAGGUCAUACACACAGAAUCCUUACAAAUGUUAAGAAAUAUGGAAAUCCCUUUAGCCAAAAGCAAAUCCUAAUUCAUCAAAAAAUUCAUACUGGAGAGAAACCUUGUGAAUGUGGGAAAGCUUCCAUUCAUAUGUCACACUUCAGUCAGCAGAAAACUUGGAGUGGGGAAAACCCCUUUGCCUGUAAGGUAUGUGGGAAAGUCUUCAGCCACAAAUCAAAUCUUACUGAGCAUGAACAUUUUCAUAAUAGAGAGAAACCUUUUGAAUGUAACGAAUGUGGAAAAGCCUUUAGCCAGAAGCAAUAUGUUAUUAAACGUCAGAACACCCACACUGAAGAGAAGCUUUUUGAAUGUAAUGAGUGUGGAAAAUCCUUCAGCCUGAAGGAAAACCUUCUCACCCAUCAGAAAAUUCACACUGGAGAGAUACCUUUUGAGCGUAAGGAUUGUGGGAAAGCUUUCAUUCAGAAGUCAAACCUCAUCAGACACCAGAGAACUCACACGGGAGAGAAGCCUUUUGUAUGUAAGGAAUGUGGAAAAACCUGCAGUCGCAAAUCUAACCUUACCGAGCAUGAGGAAAUUCAUAUUGGAGAGAAACCCUUUAAAUGUAGUGAAUGUGGAAGAUUUGGCCAGAAGAAGUACCUCAUAAAACAUCAAAACAUUCACACUGGAGAGAAACCCUAUGAAUGUAAUGAACGUGGAAAAGCCUUCUCUCAACGAACAUCACUUAUCAUAUAUGUGGGAAUUCAUUCAGGUGAUAAACCUUAUGAAUGCAAUGUAUGCGGAAAAGCCUUCUCUCAAAGUUCAUCUCUUACUGUGCAUGUGAGAAGCCAUACAGGUGAAAAUCCCUAUGGUUGUAAUGAAUGUGGGAAAGCUUUCUCUCAAUUCUCAACCCUUGCUCUGCAUUUGAGAAUACACACAGGUAAGAAGCCUUAUCAAUGUAGUGAAUGUGGGAAAGCUUUUAGCCAGAAGUCAUACCAUAUUAGACACCAGAAAAUUCAUACUCAUUAAAAACCCUAUAAAUAUCUUAAAAAUUGGAAAGUGUUCAUCAGGAGUUUAAACCUCAUAGCACAUCAGAAAUGAUCAUACUGAAAGAAGAUAUCACAAAUGAGGAAAACAAAAGCUAAAAACUUACUGGACACCAUGGAAUUUAUACUGAAGAGAAAGACAUUUAUAUGAUUAAAAAUCCUGCCCCCCCCAAAAAAAAAAGCUGAUGGCCUAGGUAAUGCUGAAACUUUAGAUGCAUUUCCACCAAACAUGCUUCUUCUUGCUGUCUGCAUUUAUCUGGAGAUCUUCACCAAUGUAACCAAAAAAUAACUUUUAAGUAUUGGAAAGGAAGAGACUUUUAUGGUAUUGAUUUAGUAGAACAGAAGAGAUUCCGGAAACACCUAUGCAUCCAUUAAAAUUUAGAAUAUGAUAGAAAUGGCAAUAGGAGGUGAGAAGAUAAUGGGACUAUGUAAAAAGUGAUUUGGAGGUAAUUUGUUCCCCAAAGAAAAAACAGACCAUGAACUGUAAACAGAGGUAAGAGCCAAGAGGAUAAAAACAAGAAUAGAAGCUGUAAACGGAAAUGGUUAUGACCUUCGGAGUAGGGAGACAUCCCUUAUAACGAGCUCAAAAAUUCUCUGAAUUUGUAUGCUUAGGAAAUAUGUACCAGUGUGCUUCCUGUGGCAUGAUUUGUAGUUAGCCAUAAGUUGGAAACGACUUAAAGGCCCAUCGGGAACAAAACGGAAAAUACUUAUGAUGGAAUACUGUAUAUCUGUAAAAUUUAACAAAUGAGAUCUGUAUGCAUUACAGAGAAAGAUCUCAAAAGUCAUGUUGAAGGGGGAAAAUGAAGUUGCAGAAUAACACAUAUAUUACAAUGCAUUUCUGUAAAUUUUAACUAAAACUUUACUCACGAAAUUCAGUACUUUGUAUUGGUAAUUGAUACAUAUAUGUAUGUAUGUUUUUAAAAUGUUUUUGAAAUGGAUUGGAAGGAUACAGACCGAAAUCUUGAUAGUGGUUGCUUGUGAAGAGUGGAGCAGGGAAGGGGGUGAGGGUGGGAGGGAUGGGAUGGGGACUGUUUAAAGGGGGGGGGGUGUUCAUUUUUAUAUAUAAAUAUCCAUUUCUCUUAAGAACUAAAGACUGCAAGUAAAUAUCUCAAAAUACUGGAUAAUUCUGAUUGUGGUAUGUGGAUAUCUUGUCUUAUUUUUGUACUUUUCUGUAUUUUUAAAUUUUCUCAAAAUUAGUAAGAAUGGGGGUGAGGAUGGGAACAUGGUACCUAUAGAAAUCAUGUUCUAAUGGAUUCAUUCCCAAUCAAGUACUAAACUUUUCAUAGAAAAUAUUUCUAGAAUUUUAUCAAUGAUGAGUGGAUGGACUUGCUCUCUAUGUAAUAUGAAAUUAUCUAUUUUAUUAAAAUUAAAAAUGAUCAUAUAAUCCAAAAAAA